ACAAUCUAACAACUGAAACUCGUUUCUGUCCAAAAAUGCAAUAAAUGUUAAAAGCUCACACAAAACAAAAUAUUAACGGUUAUACAUACAUACAUACUCGUGCAUAAAAACUUUUCAAAGACUUGACACGCUCAGCGAAAACUUAUCAAAGCUGUGUAAUACGAAACGGAAAGGAUCUGGAUAAUUUUUCACAAGGCAUACCAAAAAAACGUAGCUUACUGAGAAACAAAAUGUCGAAUUUGCUCUACAUGGAUGAAACGAAUUGCAAUGGCAUCUAUGCGUCCAAAGUCAAUAGUACGGCAUCAACACUAACAACAACAACAUCAAACAACAAUAACAUCACUAACUGCAACGAAAGCAGCAACAAUAUUCUGCAUGCAAGCAACAUUAUUAUGAGCACGACCAACAACAGCAACAACAAUAGCAACGUUAACGGCAAUAGCACCAGUAACAUCAUAAAUAACGCAAACACAAAUAAUAUCAACAACAUCAACAUCAUGAAUAUAGCAGCCUCGACUGUGGCAAUGACAGCGGCGGUUGCCAACGCCAACGUCAACGCUGCCGGCACCGCCACCGGCCUCACGUCGACCACACUACCCACAUCCGUCUCGAAUGAGGAUCUAAGUCAGAGUUUAUCCGAGUACACGGAUGCGGAUGAAAGCAUAUCAGCACCGACCGAGUUUCUUGCUGAGUUUCUCUCUGCGGUGAUGCUUAAAGAUUACAAAAAAGCCUUGAAAUACUGCAAACUGAUUUUACAAUACGAACCAAACAACGCAACAGCCAAAGAAUUCUACCCUCUUAUAAUCGAAAAGUUACGAGACGCAGCGGCCAGCGACAGUGAUGAGAAUUACAAUAAAUCGUCUUCACCCGAACCAGUUUUAGAACUGCAAUCCUCGGAUCCAUCGGCAGGCGAAAGUGAUGAUGCGGCUUUUGAAGACCAAGCGAUCGGUAUUAUUGAUGAUGGGAUUGAUGAGUAUGGACUGGCAGAGGACAACUGUCAUUCUUUGGAUGACUCAAAUAGCCACGAACUAAAUGUAAGUAGUCGGAGCGGCAGUAGUGACUCGGCGGGUGGUAGUAUAAGUGAAUCGAUGGAUGAAGAGGUCGAAGGAGAGGAAAUCGAUGACGAGGAUAUUGAUGGCAUUGAUGACGAUGAUGUCGGAGAUGAAGAUGAAGACGACGACGACGAUGAUGACGAAGUGGAAGAUGUCAACAGCAGCAGCGGUGAUGACUUGCCAAUCGAUGAUCCCAAUUCGAUUGAGGCUGCAGCAGGUACCGGCAAUAAUUCACUUUCGUCGCGAAAUUCAUCUAGUGGCGGUGGCGGCAGCGGACGCAGUCGAAGCGACAACACAACGCACUCAUACUCCAGUUUACUGCUAGAAGAAGAGGACGAUAUAGCGCCGGUUAACCUGAAAUUCACCAAAGAGCUGUCAUCGCCCGAUUUGGAUGUCAGCAAUGGCAACAAAUUACCGUCAACUUCAUGUAGCGACUCGGAAUCACCAACGGAACCGCUAACGCAACGACUCGCUGCCAUUUUGCGCUCAAAGUGUGGUGUUUCCAGCGCUGGUGACAACUAUUGAAGGCAAUGCAAUUGACACACAAACAAAACGCAUACGCAAACCGCAUAGUUAUCAGGAAAAUACAAAACUUUAGUAUGAAAUGUAUACAAAUGAAUCUAGUUUAGUUGAAUAUAUAAUAUAUACUAAUAUAUGUACUGUGUAUAUUUUCAUGUAUUCACUUGUAGCUAUUUAAGCGUUAUAUACUCGUAGUUUAGUAUAUGUAUAUAUCCAUGUAUUUAUGUACUGGCAUAUAACCAAUUUCGUAUACAACACGUAUAUUCAGAUAUAUAUCCUUGAAGUAUAUAAUGUACACAUAUUAUACAUUAGCAACUAAAGAGUUGAUUUUCUCAAUUAUAAGCUUAUAUUUAUCAGUCACCACCACUGACAUUUCCCAUUAAAACUUGCCAAUCACUCUCAAAUUUACUCAGAGAUUCAGCUUUGCUAAGCUUUUGACGAAGAAUGCUCAAUAAAGCGUAAAAUAUCGGAAGGAUAACUUAUAAAAUGAUCUACUCACCCUUAAAAUACGAAUAAUUUUCUUAUAUACAUACAUAUAUAAAUAAUAUUUGAUCAACUUUUAUAAAUAUAUUUACUUACAUUCUACUAUUAUUAGAAACUGCUAUGAGAUUUUGGAACUAUCUUCGCUGAAAGGACUGAUAUCUAAGAAUACCAGUUUACAGUUGGUUCACCUUAAAGCCAGGACUUUUGUAUCAAAAUCAUUAAGAUCGUAAAUGUUAACGAAAUAAGUUUCAAAAUCUCUCAGCCAAUACUCUUUAUCAAUGACCUAUAAACUUAUAUACUCUUUUGCGUAAUAGUUUAGUAAUUAGUAAUACCUAGUGCAGAGAACUGACUCUUAUUUAUGAUAUUCUAGAUCACAAACCAAGUGGACUUGUAGUGGAUUUUAUAUGCAUGCUUUAGAAUUAGGUUUUAUAGGUACUAGCGAAUUUGAUAAAUUAAUACAAUUAAUAUUUAUUUAGUCUAUAUAUCUAUAUUAUUAAAGUAAAAAUAUACAAAGACAGGUGAGUUGCUGUCGCAUAAUCACCUUCUCAAAGACGUUUUGAAAAUCGUUCAACGAAACUGCGAAAGAGGAAUUCGGAAGUAGGAAUUAAAGGAACUAUUUUAGACGUGGUAUCUUGUUACCAAAACGGUUAUAAAGAGAAAACCACACAUUCAGCUCUACAUCGAUCAAGGAAGGUUUAAUAAGUCCAACUAAAUUUAAAAACAUUCAGAAACAUCUUUUCAUUAAGCAAAUAAGAUUCACAUGGGCUAAAUUAAUAAAGCAUUACUCGUAAAGCAUUUAAUCAAUGAUUUUAUAAAACCGAAACUAUAUAUUUUUUCUGAUUCUGAUUGGUGUUUGGAUGACACCUAUAAACCAUUGUGCUUCGAUCUGAACAAUAUGUUCGGAAAUUGUACUAAUACCUGGGGUAAUAUUCACGCCACAUUUCGUGACGACAAAUAAAAAACUUUUUCCAAGAAGGACUUAAGCUUGAUCGGUCAGUUUGUAUGGCAGUUAUAUGCUAUAGAGGUCCAAUCCGAGCAGUUUAUUCAGAGUUUGAAUCGGUCCCUCUCUGUCAAAUUUCUUGAAAAUAUCUUGUCAAAUAAAAAGUUUUCUGUACAAGAACAUGAAUAUCGGCGGUUCGGAGAAAUGAGCAAUAUCUCAACCUUAGGACCUGGUAUAUAUACAGACAGACGGAAGAGAAGACAAACAGACAGUUGGAUAUAGCUAAAUCGACCCAGCUUGUCCUGCUGAUUAUUUAGAAACGUACUUUCGGGGUGUCCGACGUUUUCUUUUAGGUGUUACAAUCAUUGUUGCGUGGCAAACUUGUUAUACCCUGUUCAGGGUACAACUGGUUAAGUGGAAGUAACAUCACAGUGGGAAUAUCAAAGUAAACAGGUUAAAGAAGUUUUAGAAAUUAAUAAAUUUUUAAAAGAAAUGCAACUACCAUUUCGUUCAAUAAACUGGAAAUCAAAUUUUACUAACAGAGUCUCAAAAUAUCAGGUUCAGAAGAAAUACUGAAUGUAAUAAUAUUUAUUAGGCAUUAUAGAAGCAAUAACAUUUUAUUUCGGAGACUGAGACUAAAAAGUACGUUCAGCGAAAUCAAACAAAAUUAAAUUUGGUAUCUAAUUUAAUUUCUGAAACCAUUAAAAAAUACGUAGAAUAUGGGUUGGGUUAGACCAUAGGCAAGUAUGUAUUUGUUUGGUUAGAAGGUACUAGAU